GAAAGAUGUUUUAAUCAUUUUAUUAUGGUAAAUCAACAACAAUACAAUAAGUGCAAGAUAUAUAUCAAGGUCUGUCUCAUUUUUAAUCACGUAUGAGAUCAUACCAUUAAUAGGCCUAAUAAUAAUAAAAACAUCACCCACAUCAUCAAUAUAGAAAUAACUGUUUGUCCAGUUUGGUUUGAAAUAAAACAGUAUACCCAGUUAUUAAACAAAUUGAUAAUGAAGUUAUUUCCAGAUGAACUGAUAAUAAAAUCAAACCUCUGCUCUUCCUGCUGAAGGACCCCCAUAGGACCACACUGGUCCUGUAUUUAUCGACCAAUCGGCUGGUCUGGGAGGAAAAAUACGAGAAUAGGCUACAACAGAGGAGCGCGCAUCUCAGGGUUGCGCAAAGAGAAGACGUAGCUGCGACACUGCUGGCCAGGCAAAAGACGCAACUAUACGGCCGAGAGGAUGCAGUGAAGGAGCCCCCAAAUCUCCCAGCUAAAUUAGAGCCCGGUGUCGGGGCGGGUACAGAGAAAAACAACGACGAAAAUGAACGUGAUCCAAGCUGGGCACGACGGCAGCUCCAGGGUGGAAGGAGGCAGAGGCAACCACACAGACAACGGCGGCGGCGGCUCCCCGAGGCUCCAGCAGUGCGCUCAGCCUCCCAGCAGCAGCAGCAGCAGCCGGAGCAGAGAUGCCAGAUACCAGCAGCAGCUCCAGCAGCAGAGGCAUCAUGGUGGGUCGAUGCUCAAACAGCCUUCCCACAACGAACCAGCCGACGUCGUGAGGCGUGCGCUGGACUUCAAGUGCCAAGGCACCCAGUGUUACAAGGAUAAGAAGUACCGAGAGGCGAUUGGCAAGUAUCACCGCGCUCUGCUGGAGAUCAAGGGGCUGUGCAGGGUUCUGGGGGAUCCGGACACCAGCUCCAAGCCUCCGUCCCCCCUCCUGCCCACCAUCAGUAAGUCCAGCCCGCUGACAGAUGAGCAGAAGGGGGCCAUGGAGAAUGCAGAGCUGGAGUGUUACAACAGCUUGGCCGCUUGCCUUUUGCAAAUGGAGCUGGUGAACUAUGAGCGAGUGAAGGAGUACUGUCUGAAAGUGCUACACAAGGAGGGAAAGAACUUCAAAGCUCUGUACCGAUCCGGUGUGGCCUAUUACCACCUAGGUGACUUCCAGAAGGCCCUGUACUACCUGAAGGAGUCACACAAACAGGAGCCAUCAGACACCAAUGUCAUCCGCUACAUCCAGCUGACAGAGAUGAAGAUUCGCCGGAAUGCCCAAAGGGAAAAGAAAGAGGCGACAUAAGCACUGGCUGUCAGCUGACUUCUCACCCGUCAAAAAAUCUCUGCCCUACUGUGUGCCACCCAGACCUUACGCACCACGAGUCAGAGGUCUUGGUGUGAAUCGAUGUUUGUUUGCUUUUGCCUUGCACAGCAUCUGGUUGCCAGUUAUGUGAUUGAACUUUACCACUGUGUGCUUGAAGCAUUUAAAAAAAAAAGAAGAAGAAGAAUUGUACCCGAUACUGAGUUCCCGUCUCCAAAAAACCGCCAAACUUACCUAGUAUAGAUCCAUCCCGAGUACGUUUUUAACCAUUACAAUCUGAUGCACUGCCAGUCCAAACAUUGCACAUACAGGCCAACACUUGUGAUACAGACAGGAGCAACAAAGUCCAACAGAGUGAAUCAAGCAAGUCUGCAGGCGAGCUUAAGUGUGUAAAUUAACACCUGCCCUCGCACAAGAUGUCUUUGGAGUCGCACGGAGAGUAAAUGAGUAACAGCCACCUACAUUUCUGUAACCAUACUUUUUGAUUUUAAAAAGUUACUACUACUAAAGAUCAAGAUUUUUUUUAUACUCUUGAUAAUAUCUGAACAAAAGGUGCUUUCAGGAAGAAGGUUUUUAAACUCUUAAGACUUGGGCAGGACAUCAUGAGCACAUGGUUGCUAAUUCCAGUAUGAACUUAAAGAGACAUAUCACAAAAUGUAAAUAGGCUACUUUAUAGAAAUCAUAAGAAAAUAUAAAGGGAGAGGCCAGCUAUUUGUGUUUUGUUUAUUAAUGCCAAAACAAAGCACUUCAUUCACAGCAUUUUACUGUUUCAAUAAAAAUACUGUAUGUUUUACUGUAAAGGUAUGCGUGUAAUAAAUGUGUCUAUUGAUUGGAGUUUUUUUUUGUUUUGUUGUUGUUGUGCUGCAGCAGUGGACUUCCUUUCAAGUUAUAAUUUUCAUUUUUCCUAAAAUGUUCCUCUUAAGAUAUAUAAAAAGUCUUUGGAAAAAUGCUGAUGAAAGCACAUGUGUAAAUAAACAAGUGAUUCAAAGCCGA